AUGCAGAAGAUGGACGAUUCUGAUACCUUCAAAGCAAAGGCAGACCAUAAUGACCGUUCCAAUGACACAGAUUUAACUAUUUCCUGGGCUACUUUGAAGCAGGACAAAUUGUUUAAAAAUAAAUUCAUACUAACUCUGGCCUAUAUUGUGUCGUAUUUUGCUGAGGGAUGGAUCGAAGGUCAGUUUGGGCCAACUUUUCCCGAUCUUUUAUUCAUUACAAACACGUCAAUGAAACAAGGAUCCAUAUUCUUCAACAUGUACACGGCAGGUUUUCUUCUGGGCUGUGUCGUCAUGGGUUUACUGUUUGAUAAAGGAGUCUUGGACGGAAACCUUCUGACUUUUCUUACAACAAUGGGAUUUGGCAUCAUAAACGCAGUUAUACCAUGGUGUGGAUUAUAUGAGAUCAUGAUUAUCUUACAUAUACUAAAAGGAAUGUUUGGAGGCGGUUUGGACACGUGUGCAAAUGCAGCUCUAAUGGCCACAUGGGGAAAUAAAGGUGACAUUUUCUUCAAUGUCUUACAUUUUUCCUUUGCUUUUGGAGGGAUUUUAUCGCCGCUGUCUUCAGCACCCUAUGUCAUGUCACAGGAGGACAUCUACAGCUUCGACAACAAAAUCAUUUCAUGUACUUUAAAUAACAAUACAUAUGACCCCAUGAGUGCUCCAAAUUUGAACAAUUUCAGUGACGUUUUGUGUGUUAAAACUAUGGAAAAACAUCAAACAUCCCGAAUAUUUAUUCCAUAUUCCAUUUCAACUUGUCUUUGUAUCUUGACGUCAUUUCCUUUUCUUCUUUUCUUUAGAAUGUCUUUGCAAAAAAUUCUAGAUAAAGAAAAAGCAAAAGAAGAAAUUGAACAUACCAAGAGGUCACAAAAAAGAUUAAGAGUGGCAGGAUUCAUUAAUAUGACUGUUUAUGUAGGGGUUUACUAUGGAAUAGUGGACACGUUUGCAGGUUUCCUAACAACAUUUAUCGUGUCAGAAUUAAAAUGGACAAAUUCUGAAGGAAAUUACCUCACUUCAGGCCACUGGACAUUAUUUGCCGCUGCACGAUUUCUUGGAAUAUUCCUCGUUAACUGCAUAAGUCCUGUGAAAAUGAUAUUCAUCUACAAUUUGUUGAUGCUGAUUUCUCUUUUUGGUUUUCUAAUAACAUCAUUGUAUGACGUAACAAUAGGGAUUUGGUUGUUUACGUGCCUUCUAGGUUUCGCUCUGUCUGUGAUUUUUCCUACAGUCGUGAUGUGGACAGAAAUGAAAUUCGUACGUGUAACCGGAAAGGUAGCCUCCAUUUUCCUAGUAGCUGCUUCUAUCGGAAGCUCGGUAAAUCCUCCAGUUCUUGGGAUUUUAAUGGAAAACUUUACACCCAUGUGGUUCAGUUAUCUUUUACUUGCAGAAACAGUAGUUUUGAUUGUGUUGUAUUUCACGGGUUUGUCAAUAUCUAGAAGAAUUACUACUAAAGUUCCCUAUAUGGCGGAUCAAGAUCAUACCAUUAGCAUGUGUGAACAAUUUCAGGACUGA